CUGUUUACAUUUUCACUUACAGAUAGUACGUUGCAUUUAUAUAAAAUUUUACAACAAAAGACGUAAUAUAAUAUCAAAAAUGGUACUCAAGUUUGCGGCAAAUUUAAAUUUCCUAUUCACGGAAGCCUCCACCAUAGCCGAGAGAAUACAUCUUGCCCAUCGUGCUGGUUUUCGUGCUGUGGAAAUACCAUUUCCCCGUUCGGAAGAAGAACAAGUGGCUAAAGCUAAGCAAGAGACAGGCAUACAAAUUGCACUUAUGAAUGUAGCGCUGGGAACAGAGGAAAUGUCUUUAGGCUCAUCUAGCUUGCCAGGUGCGGAAAAUCACUUUAAAACUCAUCUCAACGAAACCAUUGCAUUGGCCAAGAAACUGCAAUGCAGUAAAAUACAUAUAAUGGCGGGACUGGUGAAAACCUCAACAAUCGAACAACAUUUAAAAACUUAUCAAACGAAUUUAAAAUAUGCUGCCGGUAUAUUAGAAAAAGAGAAUAUAGUGGGCUUAAUAGAGCCCAUUAACAGGUAUUCGGUUCCCUCAUACUUCAUGAAUUCCUAUGAAGUGGCUUGCAAUGUUUUGGCCAGUGUAAAUAGUAAAAAUUUACGCCUGAUGUUGGAUAUUUUCCACUUACAAUUGAUACGUGGUAAUGUUACACAUGCCUUUGAAGAUUUGUCGGAUCUCAUAGGGCAUAUACAAAUUGCCCAAGUACCCAAUCGCCAUGAACCGGAUCAUGUGGGAGAAUUAAACUAUGAAUAUGUAUUUGAAUUAAUUGAAAAGUUGAACUACAACGAUUGGAUCGGUUGUGAGUACAAGCCCAGGUCGAAUACAACAGAGGGCCUGCAAUGGUUGGCAAAAUAUGGCCUGAAAUUAUAAGAUGCUGGUCAUUUUUCGAAUUUAUAAAUAUGUAUUGGCUUCAAUUACUCUUAUUAAGAAUAUUGUGGAUAAAUUAAUUUGUAUAUAAAUUGUAAAUAUUUGUUAUUGCUUGAUUUAAUUGAAUAAACUGUUUUUUUGUAAAUAAA